AUUUUUGUUUUUGUUCAUUUUAUUUACAAAUAUCUGGUUACUUUAAUCUCUUUACACAAUAAAAAAAUGGUAAAAUAAAAAUAGUCACAUCUUUUAUAUUGUUAUUAAUAAUAUUGAAAACUUUAUUAGUGGAAAUCUUGAUAACCUCUACAAAAUAUCAAUUUACCUUUUUGUAAACAAUUUUCUGAUUAAAAUGUCUGAUUUUCCUGACCCUGAUGAAGAAUAUGAACUUAUGUACGCUGAUGAAUUGGAGUUACUACGAGAUGUUGACGAACCUAAUGAUUCAAAUGUGAAAAGGAAACCAUUACCAGCCAAGAGGAGCCUUGACUUUUCCAGUCCUGUAACAAAUAAAACUCAAUUCACAAAAGAAAACAGUGAUAUAACAUUAAAUGACAGUCAACCUACCAGUCAGAGCCUACAGCCAUUAGAAGAAUAUUUGACACCAAACAAUGCACCAAGUAAAAGAACUGCUGAUGAACUUUUUGGUGACAUAAAUGAUAUAGAUUUUGAAGAUAUAGAAUUGCCGAACAAAAGGCAGAAGACAGAAGAAGAGAAUGACUUGGAAUUAAUAAAUAAGAUCAUAGAAAGUAGGAAACUUAAGCAAAGGCUAUUGGAACCUUCGAGAGGGAAGAGUGAUGUAGAACUUACUUAUAUAUCCAAAGAAAAUUUGUCUCGGGAUAUACCAAGGUGGCCUUUCAUGCCCCUUACAAAUUCCGAUGGUGAACGAAUUUAUGUGAAGUUAGAAUCUGAGGAAUCAUGGGAGAAAUCAUUAGAUACAUCUAAUCAGACAUCAUUACAUUCAACAUUUGCUAAAGCUUGGGAAGAAGCUCGCAAACUUUUAGAAGACAAACUCAGUCAGCCACCUCAAGAGUCAGAAGAUCCUGUUCAAGUUAUAGAAACUGACGCUAACAAUAAUCUAUGGCUGGAGAAGUAUCGCCCACAGUCAUAUUUGGAUUUGUUAUCAGAAGAGCCAGUCAACAGGGCGUUGUUACACUGGCUACAUUUAUGGGACAAGGUAGUGUUUAAAAAAGAGGUGAAGAUCUCAGAGCCACAACAACGAAAUAGUUUCAGCAAGCGUACCGGUCAGUUUCAAUUGACAAAUAAGUGGAAAGGCAAAAAAGAAGCGGAACCAGAGAUUGAUGAAGAUGGUAGACCACAUCACAAAGUGGCGCUGCUGUGUGGUCCACCAGGUGUGGGGAAGACUACACUUGCACACUUACUAGCUAAAAUAUCUGGAUACCGGGCAGUGGAGUUGAACGCGUCAGACGAACGCAGCGUGGAAGCGUUCCGAGGCGCGCUGCAGGCGGCCACACUCAUGCGCUCCGUGCUUGACAAGGACAGAAGACCUAAUUGUCUUAUACUAGAUGAAAUCGACGGCGCACCACUGCCCACAGUAGAAUUGCUGGUCAAGUGGUGUACGGCGUCUGUGGCUGAAGGCAAGAAGAAAGCAAGGACCCAUCCUUUGCGCAGACCUGUUAUAGCUAUAUGCAAUGACUUGUAUGCCACGUCGCUAAGGCCACUAAGGGCAGUAGCGCUGGUGAUACAAGUGGGUGGGGCGACUUGCGAGCGCGUGGUCCGGAGGUUGUCCCGGAUGGCCGCGGGCGAGGGCGUGUCGGCGGCGCCCCGCACGCUCGCCGCGCUCGCGACGCGAGCUGCGGGCGACUUACGUGCCGCCGUGCAUCUCCUCGCACUCGUACACGCUCGCGCCGGCGCCGCGGCCAGACAGCUUAAAAUGGAGGAUGUGGAAAAUGCAGCAAUAGGGACAAAAGAUUGUCACAAGAGUCUAAUGCAGGCUCUACAGGCGGUGUUUACAGUCAACGAUCAGAAUCCAGCAGAAAUUAUGAAGACGAUCCAGGCAGCCGGGGAAUAUGAUAGAUUAGUGGAUGGAAUCUUCGAGAACUAUGUAUUGAGUCGAGUGGACGGUCGGAUGCUGGUAAGUUUACUUUGGCCUGUACACGACGCCGUCAAUACAUGGAAAAUAUACGCAAAACACUCGUUAUAUCUAUUAUUGAAAAUAUGUAUCGCCAGAUGCAUUUCAACAAAUAAUAGCCGAAACCCCCAAUAAAAAAACAUUUUUAAUUUACAGAUGUAUAGAAAAAGACAAGAGUUGGAGAGUAUAGUACAUUCAAUAUACAGCGGUUGUGCGCCCUCUGUCGCCCUCAGUCGGAAAUCUCUACAAUUGGACUUACUGCCAUUGUUGCCGUAUCUUCUGUCGCCCUCUUUACGAUCCGCUAAUGUACAAUUGUGCAGUGAGAGCGAGCGUCGUUCGUUGAGUGCGUGUGCGUCCGCCAUGUGCGACUACGGCCUGCAACUGGCGCCGCGCCGCCAGCCCGCAGGACUGUUCAUGCUGGACAUCGAACCAGACAUAUACAAGAUCGCAUUCUUUGGUAAUGAAGAGCGAGCCCGGCCGCCGCCCGCGGUGAGACAGGCCAUUGCGAGGGAACAACAAUUAGAAAUGAUUAGGCGAAACGAAGAAAUGAUAUCGAAAGGAAGCGCGAAGCAAAACACUUCGAAUGACAAAUCAAAGGCUAACAAAGAAACGAGCAAGGAAUUUAUGGAGGCACGCAUACCGAACCAUUUGCAAAGGUUGCAACCGAAAGCUGUAGAGAAAACUACUACACAGGUUCACAAAGAUUUCUUCGGUCGCAUAGUACCAUUGUCUCAAAUGCAAAGGAAUGACGCAGUCCCUGACGUGAUAUCAUCGAGCAACGUGUUCUACCAAUACAGAGAAGGGUACAACAACGCGGUGCGUCGCAACGUACGGACCAAGGAUUUGCUAUAACUCAAUAUUUCGUAAUCUGUAAUAAACAUUGCGCGGCUCCGGGGGGCAGGUCUUUGCGGGGCACCGUUUUUAUUAGGACGUUUGUGCUAUUGUCACGUGCUAAGACUUG